AUGCCCGCGGAGAAGGAGUUAUCAUACGAGGACUUCAAAAGACAAACUAAGGUGCCUUACGUGAUUUACGCGGACUUUGAGUCAAUAAUCACAAAGGAGAACCAAGAGAAUGGAGCAACUAAGCGACUGGGAUUGCAUGAGAUUUGCUCCUACGGUUACAUAGUCGUCAGACACGACGGCAAAGCAGACGCACCAGUCAUCUAUCGUGGCAAGAACGCAGCAAACAAGUUCUUAGAAGCCUUACAGGAUGAGGAGGAAAAAGGAGAGAAGCCCGGUAAACCAUCAACACACUGCAUUCACUGUCAUAAAAGAUUAGUAGAGGAUUUCUACAUGGACAAGGUGUUAGACUACUGCUCCGUAACAGGCGCCUACGUUGGAGCCGCCCACUGGAGAUGUAGGACGCACGUAGACCCAGAGAUGGAGAUCCCCGUAUUCUUCCACAACCUCCGCGGCUACGAUUCUCACCUCCUCCUUCAGGGCACGGACGGUUCCGACGUCAAAUGCAUACCAAACAACAAAGAAAGGUACAUGUCCGUAACUGUAGGCAAGCUAAAGUUCUUAGAUUCACAGCAGUUUAUGGCGGACUCCUUAGUGAACCGUGUUAAAUAUAAUACUGAUUUUCCAAUAUCAUCGCAAUACGGCGCAGAACGCAAGGGCGUGUACCCAUACGAGUACAUGGAUUCCUGGGAACGCUUUGAGGAGCCACUACCAUCAAAAGAGAGAGUCUACAGCACCUUAACAGAGUCCGGUAUAAAGGACGAAGAGUACCAGCAUGCGUUAGACGUGUGGCAGAAGUACGGAUGCCGUACGAGGGGCAACUACCACGUCAUCUACCUACGCUCCGACGUCGUCCUACUAGCGGACGUCUUUCAAAGCUUUCGAAAGAUGGCCAUGGAGUACUACGACCUGGAUCCCGCGAACUUUUACACCGCACCCGGGCUUAGUUGGAGCGCGCUGUUAAAGAAGACAAACGAGCAACUGCAUCUCCUGACCGAGUACGACAUGUACCGCUUCAUGGAAGACGGUAUCCGAGGCGGCGUUUGCGGACCCAGCAGACGAUUCGCGAGGGCAAACAAUCCUGCAGUGGAGUACGACCCGGAGAAACCAACCACCUACAUCUUCUACUUAGACGCAAACAACCUCUACGGCGUAGACAAAGAAUCAGAUAAGGGUUACGUGCUGGAGGUGGAUUUGGAGUACCCAGAGCACCUGCACGACGCACACGACGAGUUUCCCCUAGCCCCAGAAGCAAUAGAGAUACCCUCUGCGCAGCUAAGCCCACUGCAGCAGCAGAUGUGUCCCAAUUACAAGCCCUACAGGAAGCUAACGAUGAACCUGAUGGACAAGCGUAAGUACGUUGUCCAUUACCGCAACCUACAGUUUUACGUGCGCCACGGCAUGCGCGUAAAGAAGAUCCACCGCGUGCUAAAGUUCACGCAAAAGCCCUGGAUGCAGCCCUACAUAGCCUCUAACACCCAGAAGCGCACCGCCGCCAAGAAUGACUUUGAAAACUACGGACAUCACAUACACAGCGUUACGCAAGAGAAGGUGUCCCUGUCCGCAUUUGAUGGUAAGAGGUGGAUGUGUGAUGAUGGCAUCCAUACUAUGGCAUUCGGACAUCACACGAUAAGCAGUUCUUCUUUGACCAACCCACGCGUGGGACCAUCAUGA